CGCGUUUGCAAUAAUGGCUGCUGCACCCGAACACAUCUUAUCCUCAUCCCUGCAGCCGCCUACUUCUUCCAGCUUCGUCUCCGGCGGCGGCCGGAAACGCUCAGCUACGCCGCCCCGGCGGCUCUUAUCCGGUGUCCAAAACGCUGUUGUCCGGUGACCUUGACCUCCAGAACUGCUGGCGAGGACACAUCAUAUCUUCUCCACAAAAGAGUUUUCUUAGCAUAUUCUCCUUUCAGCUUCACCGGCGGCUGUCCGGCGAGGCGGCCGCCCUUUGCCGGCUUCCAAAAUGCUGCCGGCUAGUGACAUUGACCUCCAGAAGAGCAUCGUUACUAUGUAAAAGACUCUGCAUGGGCAUCGGGAGAGAGGACGGGAGACGAUGGCUGUCGUCGACAACCUCAAGCGCCUCUGCAUCGCCCACUACUUCGAGGAAGAAAUAGAGAGCGCCAUGGGCGUGUGCAUGGAUCUCGUUGACAGCGGUGACCUCCUCGAUGCAACCCUCUCCUUUAGGCUCAUGAGGGAGAAUGGGCAUGAUGUUUCAGCACUCAGCAGAUGACGUUCUCCGGAGGUUCACCAACAGCGCUGGCGAAUUCAGCCUUGCUCCCAGCAAGGACAUUGUGGGGCUCCUAAGCUUGCAUGACAUGUCACACUUGGACAUUGGAGAAGAAGCAUCACUCUACAAGGCAAAGGUGUUCUCAAGCAAGCACCUUGCAUCUGCCAUCAGGUACCUGGAGCCAGGCCUCGCAAGGUAUGUGAGGCACUCCCUGGAUCACCCAUACCACCUGAGCCUGAUGCAGUACAAGGCCAGGCACCACCUCAGCUACCUGCAGAGCCUGCCAAGCAAAAAGUGUGCUACUGCAAUGCAGCAGCUGGCAAUUGCAGAAUUCCAUCUUAACAAACUGCUGCAUCAGAAAGAAAUGGAAGAGGUUAAAAGAUGGUGGAUGGGCCUAGGACUGGCUCAAGAAAUACCGGCGGCCCGGGACCAGUUGCUGAAAUGGUACAUGUGGUCCAUGAUGAUCCUCCACGGAUCUUCCAUCUCCAAAUACCGGGUUGAGUUGAUAAAGGUCAUCUCACUAGUCUAUAUUGUUGAUGACAUAUUUGAUCUUGUUGGCACACAAGAUGAGCUCUCUCUCUUCACCGAGGAAAUCAAAAUGUGGAAUACUGAGCCUUGUGAUUCACUCCCCAGCUGCAUGAGAUCAUGCUACAAGGCUCUUUACACCACUAUGAAUGAGAUCGCAGAUGUGGCCGAAAAGCAGCAUGGAGUGAACCCUGCCAAUCACCUCAGGAAAGCUUGGACAGAGCUGUUUGAUGUUUCAUGGCUGAGUCAAAAUGGCUGGCAGCCGGUCAUGUUCCUGCCGCAGAGGACUACCUAAGAAAUGGCAUUGUCACAUCAGGAAUGCCACUUAGGGGUGUUUGGUUACAGGGACAGUUUGUCCAGUC